AUGGCGAUUCAGCUCGAACAUGGUGGGUAUGCUGAAGAGCCAGGCGACGACCGAACCGUCGAGACGGACAAGCCCCUUAGCGAGAGCCCGAAAGGCUCCGUCGCGUCCCUCCCGGCCGCUGACAACAGCGAGAAUGCCAAGGUGGCAGACACCUUGCGACGCAAACUCGACGACGCGAACGCAACGCUGGCCAGCAAAGAGAAGUCAGUGGCAUCUCUAGAAGAGCGUGUCAAUGACUUGAAUGCCUCGCUGGAUGCCGCGCGCGCGGAAACCGAGAGGCAUCAAUCAUCCCUAUCUGCGUCAGAGGGGGAGAAGGCUGCCGUGGAGAAGGAACGUUCCGAGCUGCAGCAGCGUUUGGGUACUGCAGAAUCCGAGCUUGAGAGAAGCCGCGUCGAGCUUGAUGCCACGCGUCGUGAGCUCGAGGGUGCCAAAGCGUCACUGGAGGAGCGUAUCGCGGCACUCGAUGCCGAACGGAAUCAUCGCUCGACAGUCGAGUCUGAGCUGAAAACCGUGCAGCUCGAGUGCGAGAUCUUGCAGGAGGCACACGCUCAAGCUCAGUCCGAGGCGCAGUCCAAAACCGCCGACCUAGAAGAGCUGACCACUCGUAUCGAGGCGCUGGAGGCCAAGUUCGCUUCGCUUCACGCUGAGCAAGAGGAGAAGUCGGCCCGGGUGGACGAGCUUGAGCGGCUGCUUUUGGACGCGCAGGUCUCUUACGAACAGUGCGCGUUCGAUCGCGCUACCGCCGAGGACCGCGUUCGGGCUCUCGAGCAGCGCCUCGCAGAGGUGUCAUCUGCGUUGCAGCAAGCAGUCGAGGAGGUUGGCAGGAAAGAAGAGGGUAUCCACGCCGCGCAGGAGGCUUCCACCUCACUUGCUAAGCAGUUGCAGGCUGCCCGUUCGAAGGCGGAGAAGAGCGAUGCGGUCAACAAUUUCCUCGAGAUUGAGAUCCAAGGUCUUCGCUCGCAGCUCGAGGAGUCUCACCAGCGGACGGAGGACGCAGAGCGGGCUCUCGAUGACGUACGGCGGCGGGCAGGCUUGGACAAGCAGGUCAACGACGCGACCAACAUGCGCCUCCGAAACGAGCUUGCAAAUGCUCGCGUUGCAUAUGCGUCUGUCCGGGAACAGUUCCAGGUCCUGGGCCGCCAUGCGACUGACAUCGAAGCCGCGGCGCGGAGACACAUGCAGGAGACGGGUUGUUGCAUACAAUGA